AUGAGCCGUACCCUGGUCCUUGUUGUGGUGGCAGCCCUGCUGAGCGAGACGUGGGGAGUCCCCUUGUCUUCUGGGUCAUCGCCGAGAGCUCCCAAUCACUUCCCAGAUGGUUUCUAUUUGGGCGCUGCUACAGCAGCCUACCAGAUAGAGGGAGGCUGGAACGAGGACGGCAAGGGUGAGAGCAUCUGGGACCACACGCUGCACGCACAGCCCAACCUGACGUCAGACGGCCAGAACGGCGACGUGGCGGCCGACUCGUACCACAAGUACAAGGAGGACGUGAAGCUGCUCGUCGGACUCAAUGCGAACGUGUACCGUUUCUCCCUGAGCUGGCCUCGAAUCCUGCCGACUGGGGACACGGACAACAUCAACCAGGCCGGCAUCGACUACUACAACAACCUCAUCAACGAGUUGCUGGCGAAUGGAAUCCAGCCGAUGGUGACGCUGUACCACUGGGAUCUUCCCCAGGAACUGCAGAAACUGGGAGGCUGGCCUAACGCCGUCAUCGCCGACUACUUCGUCGAGUUCGCUCGCAUUGCCUUCGAGAACUUCGGAGACAGGGUGAGCAGAGUGGGCAUCACUCUCAACAUCGACUGGUACGAGCCGGUGACUAGCAGCGCCGAUGACGCCGAGGCGUCGGACCGCCAGCUGCAGUUUGAGUGCGGCUUGUGGGCCCACCCCAUCUUCUCGAGGGAGGGCGACUUCCCAGAGGUGGUGAAGCUGAGGGUGGCGGCCAACAGCAGGAAGGAGGGGCGCACCAGGUCACGCCUGCCGACCCUUUCCCCAGCGGAGGUCAACCUCAUCAGGGGCACUGCCGACUUCUUCGGGAUUAACCACUACUCUUUCUCGCUGGCGACGUCCGGCAGCAGCGGCUCCGAACCCUCCAAGACUUACGACUCCGGUGUCGUCACUUCCGUGUUCGACGGAUACCCCAACAGCUUCUGGAUAUCGGACAUACCGUGGGGUCUGCGUAAGCUGCUCAACUGGCUGCACAAAUCAUACCCCGGGUAUCCGUUCUUUAUCACCGAGAACGGAUGGUCCGACCCGCCUGGAGUUCUGAACGACACAGCACGCAUCCACUACUACAGGGGAUACCUCUCCGCCCUCCUAAGAUCCAUCAACGAUGACGGCGUCCCAGUGAUCGGCUACACUGCCUGGAGCCUGCUCGACAACCUGGAGUGGAUGAGUGGAUACACGAUCAAGUUCGGCCUGUACUCCGUGGACUACGAUGGUCCAGAGCGCCCCAGAACUGCGAAGGCGUCAGUGCCGGUGAUGGCGCAGAUCUACAAGGAGAAGGCGGUCCCUCUGGAGGACUUCGAGAACGCCGACACGACGCCACCCUCGUAA